AUGGCGCUGAUUGAAACCUCCCUCAUCUGGGUCGCGUACGCCGUCUGCGUGGGACUGCUCUUCUUCAUCUCGGCCUUCUUCGUCUUCAUCUACCAGAAGCCCAGCGAGCGUAACUUCGCCGUGACCUUUAUCUGCUGGUUGACUCUCCUCGCCCUCCUUGCCACGGUGCUGCUGCUCCCGGUCGACAUUGCCCUGGUCAGCGCCACGACAUCCCGCAAAUUGGGCGCGAAGAAGGAUUGGGCGACACCAGACCGCGUCGAUCAGACCCUGUUGGUGUUGAAGAUUGUCUACUACACGCUGUACAGCUUGGAUGCUGUGCUGUGCCUCUUGGUCGUCCCCUUCACCUACUUUUACUACGAAGAGUAUGAUGAAGUUGCUACCGACGAGGGAGAACAGACGGUGCUGGGACGACUAUGGGCUGCUUCCAAGUGGACUGUGGGUCUCGUCGUGCUCUGCGUGAUCCUGUUCUUGGUUGGAUUCUUCGUGCCGGUUGCAAAGAAGGCCAGAGACCAACACCGCGAUCUGGACUACUUCAGAGAUUUGUUGACGGAGAAUCACGGCGAACGAGCUCUGACCUUUGCGAUUGGCCUGCUGAUUCUCGUCGGCACCAUUCUAUACGCCCUCUACACUGCCCCGGGUCUCGCCCUCCUGCCCGUCUCCCUCAUCAAAUCAGCCCCCUCAAUCUCCUCCCCAGCCCUCGCUGCAGACACCUCAUCCCAACUCGACCAGAACCGCGAACGUCAACGUCAGCUUGAAGGCCGCUCCGAAGGACGUCYCGAUGGUCUCGAUCCCCGCGACCGCCGUGAGUUGGAAGCCCUCGUCCGGGAAGAACGCACUCUUGUUCGUCGUGAGCGUCUUGCAGCAGAGAAUACUGGUGAAGGCCGCAACUUCUUCAUCCGCGUCUGGUUGAAGCUCGAGGCCAUCUUCCGCCCAUUGAAGCUCGUCUUGGGAAUGCUCCUGCUGGUCAUCAGCUUGAUCAUCUUUGCCAGCAUGCUCAUCACCAUGGUAGACAAGAUCAAGAACUCUGUAUGUGGAGUCUCUUGUGGCUACCUUUUGGGUCGCAACAAGAUCUUCCAGCCCAUCAACGCGCUCCUCAUGCAGACGAGCAAGAUCUUCCCCAUCGACUAUGUCAUCUUCCUGCUCCUUACCCUGCUGUUCUUCGCCGCGAGCGUAGUGGGAUUGGCGAGCAUCGGUAUCCGCUUCCUCUGGGUGAUGCUCUUCCGCAUCCGCAAGGGCCAGACUUCCCCCAACGCUAUGCUCAUGGCCACCGUUCUGCUCACACUCAUGACCCUGGCGAUGAACUAUGCUCUCGCCAUGGUUGUCGCUCCCUCAUACUCCACCUUCGGACCACAGAUGUACUGUGAUCUCCCACUCGCCAACGGCACGACGGGAGACUGCAGCCAUCACAAGUCUGCCAUCAAGCCGUGCAGUGAGCGAAGCGGGAGCGAUGCCGCAAAGUUGGUGUGCACACCCACUGUGCUGUCCACCUUCAUGAACAGAAUCAUGGCCAACUUCCCAUACUUUGGAGCGGUCAUCUUCUACGCCCAAUUUGCCUUCCUCGGAAUCUUCCUGGUCGUGUUUGUCGUCACGCUCUUCCGCGUCCCACAGUUGGACGAAGAUGCAAUUGACGAAGAUAUGAGGGAGGAAGAAGAGGAGGGUUUGCUGGCAAGCACUGGCCGGAGAUUCGGUGCCACUUGGGAGGACAUUACUGGCCGAGCAAGAGGAAAGGGCGUGCAAAGAGCUGGAUAUGGUGCGGUGAAUGGUGAUGAUAACUAG